AUACAACACUUUGGGCGUUGUCUCUUUUCUUGGUCAUCAGUUGAACUUUUUGAAAUAAUCGAUUUAUAGGAUUUUGGUCCCAAAAUGGGUAACGCUAUGUACACGGAUCAGGUAGUGUGCCAUGACACUAUGGAAACUUGUCGUUCUCACUGCGAUAAAUCUGAAUGUGUAUUCAUGGACAAUUGCAACAAUAUGGGUAAAAAGUUCGUCUGUAUCCCAUUCGAUCCAAAAUUUAUGAUGUGGUUAAUGAUCAUUUCAUUUUUUAUUGUUCUGCUCACUUGUUCUUCCCUUGUAGCAUGCUACAUUUGUCGGGCAGUCAGAAGAUCAUAUCAGAUGCAGGUUCAGUACAAUUCAAAUCGAGAGGUUGUAUUUCAAAAUCCGGGAAGGGUUCAUCAUGUUCAAUAUGAUUCACCAAGAAGAAAUGACUAUGCACAACAGAGAUAUUGAGAAACUUUUAUGACGGGGAGUUCUAUAAAUGGAUAUGUUCUACACCAUAUGAAUUGAAAAUAAACUACUUUGGAAAUCACAAUUUGUUAAUUGGUCGAAUUUGAUAAUAACAUAGU